AUGAAGAGUACUGCAGUCUUAGCAUUAAAGAGAGGAAUAGCCCAUGGCACUCGAAUAGCUAUUGCGGGCAAUCAAGUAGUAAUUGGAGAUCUUCAGUACGACUUGAGCACCAAAAGCUCUUACACUAGCCAGCGAGGGUUGCCGUAUAGUUUGGCUGCUAUUGUUCAGCUCUACUGCACGAAAGACCAGGACCAUGGCGAGUACUUGAAGGCCUGUCGGAAUUUGGACAUAGACGCGGUUUCCUUUAUGGAUCGCGAAAGGAUUAUUGCCGAUCUAUUAAUCCCGCCCACUAAUGAGCGCACUCGGGUGGCUCUGCCAACGCGGGUUGAAUCAUUUGAUGUUCAGGGUUUAGUUGCGAAGUACAAUGGGUUGAAGACUUUUGGACAAACCGGCUUGGCUUACAUUGUGGUUCCCAGUGUUCCAGAGACUACUCUGGAGACAAUUAAGGCCAUUUUAGCUGAUGCGCCAAAUGUGCAAUUGAAACCAGGCCAUGAGAUUGAGCACACUGGGCAGCGUUAUCGGCUAGUCUCUUCUCCUCGCGACCUGGCUGAUAUUAACCAGGUGGCUGCUCUGUUCAUUGAUGGCAGCUCAGGCCAAUUCCGGAACUGGCCUAAAGACAUCACUGAAGCUCUUCGUAGCAAACCAGUCUUCUACUUGCAUAAAGAAGAUUCCGAACAGCCGGUCCCAGACUUACCCAAAAGCGUAACUAUUUUGAAGACCAGCGAUAAGUCAAAAAUAUCCCAAAACCUUAUAUCAGCUGCUUUCUGGACCAUUUUAGGACAUUCCGGAUAA